AUGCCAGCAUUAUCAAAAGCAGUUGUUCCAUUACAAAGUUGUACUUCAUUUCAUCCAUGGUCAAAAUCAUGCACAUCUAGUGCAUCUCAAAUUUGGUUUCAAGUAUUUUUAGCAGGUUUAAAACUAUAUGCACCAUUAUUUUUAGUACCAGCUUUAAUUUUUAAAAGAAAAAGUAUUUCAUUUUUACUUAAAAGAACCCUUCCAGAAAUUUUAAGAAGCUCUGUAUUUUUAGGUACUUAUGCAGGUGUAUUUUCAGGUGCAAUUUGUUUAAUUAGACGUAUUAUUGGUAAAGAUGUUAAAUCAACUGUAGCAAUUUCAGGUCUCUUUGCAGGUUUAUUCUCAAUUUUAAUCGAAAAGAAAUCUAGAAGAUCAGAGUUGGCACUCUACUGUUUAAAUCAAACUAUUGAAGUUGUUUGGAAAAUGGCUGCUGCCAGAAAUUUAGCAUUCACUUUUAAAAAUGGUGAAGUUUUAGUUUAUAUGAUUGCUAGUGCCAUUCUUAUGUAUUUCUAUCAAAACGAACCAGAAAGUUUAAGAUCAAACAUGAAAGGUUUAUUAAAUAUUUUUAUUGGUUCAACAUAA